CGAGCUAGGAGCCAGUAUCAUGUUUCGCCGCAAAUUGACGGCUCUGGACUAUCAUAAUCCUUCCGGUUUCAAUUGCAAAGAUGAAACAGAAUUUAGAAACUUUAUUGUUUGGCUUGAAGAUCAAAAGAUUAGACACUACAAGAUCGAAGACAGAGGAAAUUUAAGAAACAUUCACAACAGUGAAUGGCCCAAGUUCUUUGAAAAGUAUCUGAAAGAUGUUAACUGCCCUUUCAAGAUUCAAGAGAGACAAGAAACAAUUGAUUGGCUUCUUGGUUUAGCUGUUAGACUUGAAUAUGGAGAUAAUGCUGACAAAUACAAGGAUUCUACACCAGAUAAUGCUAAAAAUGCUGACAAUGCAGCUAAAAAUGUAGAGCCACUGAUAAAUUUGGAUGUGAAUAAUCCUGAUUUUAAGGCAGGAGUAAUGGCUUUGGCCAACCUUCUUCAAAUCCAGCUUCAUGAUGAUUAUUUGGUAAUGCUUAAGGCAAUUCGCAUUUUGGUUCAGAAACACUUAACACAGGAGGCAGUUGCUAAGGCAAAUCAGAUGAAAGAGGGCUUACCUGUUGCUUUAGAUAAGCACAUCCUUGGUUUUGGUACAGGAGAUGCUGUUCUUAAUGAAGCUGCUCAAAUUCUUCGAUUGCUGCAUAUAGAAGAACUCAGAGAACUACAGACAAAAAUUGAUGAAGCCAUAGUAGCUGUUCAAGCAAUUAUUGCUGACCCAAAAACAGAUCACAGAUUGGGAAAAGUUGGAAGAUAAAGAGAUUUAGGAUUACAGCCUCUCAUCUACUUAGGACAUCUAGGAACUAUGCAUAACUUUGGCAAUGUAUUUUCAAUCAAAUGUCACUAUUUGGGAGGGAAAAAAUAACAGAGAAUUUUGAAUUCUUACCAUUGUUGUGUUUUCCAUUUAAUAAAAUUUGAAGAAAUGGAAAAAAAAA